GUUACACCCGGGCAGAGUGCGGCCGCGACGGGGCGGGCGGACUGUCAGGCGCUCAGAGCCGGUCUCGGGUACUCCGCGCCUGGCGCUCGAACCUCCAUCCCGACCUCCGUCCGGCCCGGGACCCCGACCCCAACCCGGCCCAGCCCGGCCCCCGCCCCCGCCCCCCGGGCCGAUGGACUACUCCUACCUCAAUUCGUACGACUCGUGCGUGGCGGCCAUGGAAGCGUCCGCCUACGGCGACUUCGGCGCCUGCAGCCAGCCUGGCGGCUUCCAAUACAGCCCCUUGCGGCCUGCCUUCCCCGCAGCGGGGCCGCCUUGCCCCGCGCUCGGCUCCUCCAACUGCGCGCUUGGCGCCCUACGCGACCACCAGCCCGCGCCCUACUCGGCAGUGCCCUACAAGUUCUUCCCAGAGCCGUCUGGUCUGCACGAGAAGCGCAAGCAGCGGCGCAUCCGCACCACGUUCACGAGCGCACAGCUCAAGGAACUGGAGCGCGUCUUCGCGGAGACCCACUACCCGGACAUUUACACGCGGGAGGAACUGGCGCUCAAGAUUGACCUCACUGAGGCUCGCGUGCAGGUCUGGUUCCAGAACCGCCGGGCCAAGUUCCGCAAACAAGAGCGCGCGGCCAGCGCCAAGGGUGCGGCGGGUGCUACAGGCGCCAAAAAGGGCGAGGCGCGCUGCUCGUCCGAGGACGACGACUCCAAGGAGUCCACGUGCAGCCCCACACCCGACAGCACCGCAUCGCUGCCGCCGCCGCCCGCGCCCAGCCUGGCCAGCCCGCGCCUGAGUCCCAGCCCGCUGCCCGCCGCGCUGGGCUCCGGGCCUGGGCCCGGGCCGGGGCCACAGCCGCUCAAAGGGGCAUUGUGGGCCGGUGUGGCGGGCGGUGGGGGCGGCGGGCCGGGUGCAGGCGCGGCGGAGCUACUUAAGGCCUGGCAGCCGGCAGAGCCUGGGCCCGGGCCUUUCUCGGGAGUUCUGUCCUCCUUUCACAGGAAGCCCGGCCCCGCCCUGAAGACCAAUCUCUUCUAGCCGCCGGCCUCCGGAGGCUCCGAGCCUGCCCCCAGAGACACCCGUGCCCCUGCAGGACCUGACAGCCCCCCCCAUCCCGGCCGUCUGCCUGGAAACCCCCCACCUGUCCCCCUCCCCACGGUGUCUGAUCCCUAGGUGUGCCAUCCCCGGUGUUGGAAACCAAGUCACAGCCAGUCGUCCUCAUCCACCCGCACCCAGAAGAGAACAGCACUUUUCACCAGGAACCCCUCCAGGAGAGCUGAGAGCCCCUUAGAGGUUGGCUUUCUUUGGAGCCAGGAUCAAAUAAUGUCUUUAACACAGUGCUCAAACCUGAGGGUCCAAAAGGAGAAGCACCACUGCAGCUAGCUGGGUCACUCACUCCUAACCUCAAUGAC